UGAAGGAUAGUCAUUCAGAGUGCUAGCAAGUGUUCCAAGCUGAUCUACGUAUCGGCCGUUAAAGAUCCCUUCAUUCAAUUCUGUAUCUUCUUCUUCUCUAAAGUGUUUGCGCCAACGACCGGUCGUGCAUUAAAAACGUAAAAGCAGGCCAUUCAUUGCACAGAAUAAAGAGUCCAAUUUCUUCCUCGAGAAUCUUUCCUCCUUUUUCUUUUGCUUUUCUUCUGCGUCCAACAGUGCAUGAGUUAAAGCUUCAAGAGCGACGCUGCUGUGAUGUGGGAAUACCGAAGCCCAGAAAGAGCCCGAGGAGGGGAGGGAGAGAGGGGAACUGUCUGUUUUCGGAAUAGUAUCGGCAGCUACUCAGUAACUCAGUAGAACAAGAAUUUUGCCUCUCAGUUUCUUGAACCAGCUUCCCUUAAAUUGCCUUGCGCUGUUUGUUGGAACCCGCUCUUCAUUAUGGCCUCCGCGUCACAGUGAGAUUGAGGGGUUUUUACUCUUUCAUUUCUGAGGAAUUUAUUGCUUUGAAGAACUCAAGUCCUCUGGCCUCUAUUUGGGAAAGAAAAUAAACUGGUGAGGUAUUUGGGUUUCAUAAUUGAACAAGUCAAAUCCGAACUCAGAAUAUGAUUUAUUUCUCCCCCCACCCAAGCGAUAGCUUGACUAUGUUGUCAUGGGAAGCUGAGACCCAGCCAUUUAGAAACUCCAACUUUUAACACGCUUCUAGUACUUUCUGGAAGAUACUUGACUGAUAAGAGACCGAGCAGAUCAAUCUUUCAAGUUGUUUAGUUGGUUAUGCAUUCUGAGCUAUUGCCACUUUUGAAAUUUGUGCCAAUGGCAAAGAGUUGCAGCCAUUCGGCACUUCUUGUUCUGGUUGUCAUGUCCUUUUCAAUUCAUUGCUCGGAGCAACUACAGUCAUCUCAUGUGCAGACCCUUUUGAGGAUUCAACAACUUCUAAAUUUCCCCGAUGUUUUAAGUAGCUGGAAUAAUGACACCGAUUUCUGCAAUACUGAGCCAAGUCCAUCUCUUACUGUUGUGUGCUAUGAUGGAAGCAUAACCCAGCUGCAUAUAAUUGGGAAGAAGGGAGUUUCCCCGUUACCUCGGAAUUUCUCUGUAGAUUCCUUUGUUACUACACUUGUCAAGCUUCCAAGCUUGAAAGUCCUCACAUUGGUUUCUCUUGGUCUGUGGGGGGCAUUGCCUGGUAAAAUUGAGAGGUUAUCAUCCUUGGAAAUACUCAACAUGAGUUCAAAUUAUUUAUAUGGUGCCAUUCCACACGAAAUCUCUUCCUUAACAAACCUUCAAACACUUAUACUUGAUGAGAACAUGUUCAACUGUCAACUUCCGGAUUGGCUGAGCUCACUUUCAGUUUUGACUGUUUUGAGUUUGAAGAACAAUUCAUUAAUUGGAUCCUUGCCAGAAUCAUUGGGACGCUUGGAGAAUCUGAGAGUUCUUGCACUUUCGCAUAACCAUUUUUCUGGCGAAGUGCCUGAUCUUGGCAGUUUGACAAGCCUUCAGGUUCUUGACUUGGAAGAUAAUUCUCUUGGGCCUCAAUUUCCUUAUCUUGGUAGCAAAAUAGUUAACCUUGUACUGAGGAAGAACAAGUUCAGCUCGGGCAUCCCAGAUGAAGUUACCUCCUAUUAUCAGCUCCAGAAGCUUGAUAUUUCUUUCAACAGAUUUGUAGGUCCAUUUCCCCUGUCAUUGUUAGCCCUACCAUCAAUUACUUAUCUGAGUAUUGCAGGAAACAGAUUUACUGGAAUGCUUUUUGAGAAUUUAUCUUGCAAUUCUGAACUCCAAUAUGUGGAUUUGUCCGCAAAUCUCCUGACUGGAAGCUUGCCAAACUGUUUUUCAUCCAAAUCCAAGAACAGAGUUGUGCUCUAUGGUGAGAAUUGUCUGACUGGGGGAGAUGAAAGACAACACCCAGUUUCCUUUUGCCGAAAUGAAGCUCUAGCUGUGGGAAUCUUGCCUCAUCGGCGGAAACCUGAAAAAGCAUCCAAAGUAGUUCUUGCCUUGAGCAUCUGUGGAGGGAUCAUUGGAGGAACUGCACUUGUUGGUCUAGCUUUCUUGAUUGUUAGAAGAGUGCAUCUGAAAAGGACAAGAGGAACACCAACACCAAGAUUAUCGGAGAGUACAUCAACUGGGUACACCUCAAAAAUUCUAUCAGAUGCAAGGUAUAUAUCCCAAACAAUGAAGCUAGGAGCUCUUGGCCUUCCAACUUACCGAACUUUUUCGUUGGAAGAACUUGAGGAGGCAACACGUAACUUUGAUACGUCAUUUUUCUUGGGUGAAGGUUCACAUGGACAGAUGUACAGCGGCUGUCUCAAGGACGGUUCCCUUGUUGCCAUCAGAUGCCUGAAGAUGAAAAGAAGCUACAGCACUCAACAUUUUAAGCAUCAGAUAGAGUUGUUCUCAAAACUCAGACAUCGCCAUUUGGUUAGCGCUCUUGGACACUGCUUUGAGUGCUACUUGGAUGAUUCAAGUGUCAGCAGAUUAUUCCUUGUCUUUGAGUAUGUUCCAAAUGGAACGCUGAGGAGCUGGAUAUCUGAGAGACUUGCCAGACGGAAACUUGGUUGGACACAACGCAUAGCAGCUGCUAUAGGGGUGGCAAAGGGCCUUCAGUUUCUCCACACAGGAAUUGUUCCCGGUCUCUUUUCUAAUAAUUUGAAAAUAACAGAUGUUUUAUUGGAUCAGAACCUUGCUGCAAAAAUUAGUGGUUACAACCUACCUUUCUUAGCAGAGAACAUGAUAAAGGUUGGUAUUCAAAUUUCUUCUGGUGGAUCCAAAGAGCUUAACAAUAUGAGGGUAAAACAAGAGGACAAGACUGAUGUUUAUGAUUUCGGAGCAAUAUUGCUGGAAAUGAUUGUGGGAAGACCGCUGAAUUCAAGGAUUGAAGUGGAUGUUGCAAGAGCUCAAUUACAGAGGAUGGUAACAGGUGAUGAUGCAGCUCGAAGGAAAGCAGAGGAUCCAGCAAUAUUAAUCCAGCAGGAGGAUGGUGCAUGUUCAGCUGAAUCGUUGAAGACGAUGAUUGAGAUAUGCAUGAGAUGUCUGCAUAAGGAUCCGGAAGAGAGGCCUUCCAUGGAAGAUGUGCUGUGGAACUUGCAAUUUGCAGCGCAGGUUCAGGAGGAUGCCUACUCCCAGCAGAGCAGUGACGGCGGCUCUCCCGUAGUCUCACUGUCGCGCCACCACCUCAGUCUUCAAUAACACCCCGCAACACCCCCCCCCCCCCCAACUCACUCCCUCCCUUAUGCAGACAUCUUUGAUAAAUAUUAUAACUCACCUUCGAUAAAUAUUAUAUUUUUAUUCCGCUCAUCCUUUUAACCAAACUUUCUAUUUUCAUUCAAUAUAUAGCAAGCUAGCUAAGGUUGCAUC